AUGUCUUCUGACGGUUCUUCCACCCUCAAGUCGUACGUCGACUCUGCCGUUGGCGCUGCUCAGAGCGUCGUCGGGUCUGUGACCGGCAACCCGGCUGAUCAGAAACAAGCCGAAGACACCAAAAACCAAGCCGAGCAGCAAUACAAGGACUCGCACACCACUGCCAAACUGGGUCCCAUCAGCGCUGACCCCAACACCGGCGCCGCCGCCGUGAACCACGAGGACCGCAGCACCGGUUCCUGGAACCAGACUGUCGGCGCGGCCAAGGAGUCUGUCGGCAACUUUGUCGGCAACGACAACCUGCGCCAGACCGGUAUCCAGCAAAACGCCGAUGGCAAGGCUCAAGAAGCCAAGGGUCAGCUGUCUGACUUGACCCAGGGUAUUUCGGAUCGCGCCCAGGGAGCACUGGGCAACAUCGGCGCUGCUGUCACUGGCGAUCGUGAGACUCAGGCCAAGUACCAGGAUCUCCACGACGUGGGCAAGGCCCGCCAGCGUGGCGUCGAGUCCGAGUUGCAGUAG